AUGCAAAACAAGACACCAAAGUCUGUUCGCGGCCUUAAUUUGCCUUAAGGUGAAUAAAAAGUAUGGCUUCCGUCGUACGUUCGUGUUCGGCGGGGCUAACUCGAACUUUGUUCAAUUUUUUCCCUUAUCGCUAUGGAGCAUCGUUAUUGACUGAGAGGGGUAGUAAAACCUGGUAUCCUGAUGCAGAAUUUUUUGAGCAGUUCUCAGGUCCUGUCAUGUAUCCCGAACAGUUUCCUGGUGUGAAGUGGAGACCUCCACGUUACAAAGAACGUGUUCCACCUGUAGAAAAGAAAAUUCAAAACAUGAUAUUGAACUUUGGACCACAGCAUCCUGCUGCUCAUGGAGUAUUGCGCCUAUUACUAGAACUAGAUGGAGAAACUGUGGUACGUAGUGAUCCUCAUAUAGGUCUGUUGCACAGAGGUACUGAAAAACUAAUUGAAUACAAGACAUAUUUGCAAGCUUUGCCGUACUUUGACCGACUUGAUUAUGUAUCAAUGAUGUGUAAUGAACAGUGCUAUUCAUUAGCUGUUGAAAAACUUCUAAAUAUUGAAGCUCCUCCUCGAGCAAAGUGUAUUCGAGUUUUAUUUGCUGAAAUCACCCGUAUUCUAAAUCACAUCAUGGCUGUUGGAACACAUGCCUUAGAUGUUGGUGCUUUAACUCCAUUUUUUUGGCUAUUUGAAGAAAGAGAAAAAUUAAUGGAAUUUUAUGAACGUGUUUCUGGUGCUCGAAUGCAUGCAGCAUAUAUUCGACCUGGAGGUGUCAGUCAAGAUCUUCCAAUUGGUUUAUUAGAUGAUAUAUAUGAGUGGUUGGACAAAUUUGGACAGAGAAUUGAUGAAAUGGAAGAUUUAUUAACAAACAAUCGUAUCUGGCGAGCUAGACUUACAAAUAUAGGUGUUGUGUCAGCAGAAGAUGCUUUAAAUUUUGGUUUCAGUGGUGUUAUGCUCAGAGGAUCUGGUAUUAAAUGGGACCUGCGUAAAACACAACCAUAUGAUGGCUAUGAAAAUUAUGAGUUUGAUAUCCCUAUUGGUAUUAAAGGAGAUUGUUAUGAUAGGUACUUGUGUCGAGUAGAAGAAAUGAGACAGAGUAUGAGGAUCAUAUAUCAGUGCAUCAACAAAAUGCCACCUGGAGAAAUUAAAGUUGAUGAUCAUAAAAUAGUCCCACCGAAAAGAAGUGAAAUGAAAACAUCAAUGGAGGCCUUAAUACAUCACUUCAAAAUUUUUACUCAAGGAUAUCCUGUUCCUCCUGGUGCUACAUAUACAGCUAUUGAAGCCCCUAAGGGUGAGUUUGGAGUAUAUUUAAUUUCUGAUGGCAGCAGUAGGCCUUACCGUUGUAAAAUUAAGGCACCUGGAUUUGCUCAUUUGGCUGCUCUACAUCACAUUGGAAAAAUGCAUAUGUUAGCAGACGUUGUAGCUAUAAUUGGUACCCUUGAUAUUGUCUUUGGAGAAAUAGAUCGCUAGCAAUCUUAGUAUAAAAAAUUCAUAUUAUAGUUAUAUUCAACUGUAUAUAAACUUCAAAGUGAGAAUAUGAUUUUACAAUCAUUGUGUUUAAUGAAUAAAACAGCUACAAUAUUUCA